UUUUUUUUUCUUCUCUCCUGCAACUCAACUCACAGUCACACACACUCACAAAACGACAAGACGCAAGCAACAAGCAGGAAGCAAGAGAAGCAAGACGAGCAACCCUUCAUCCCUUCAUCACAGCCCCUUGUUGUUGAUUCAAGCAACUUGAUCGAGGUGAACAGACCCCCCCCAACGGAACAAGCGACGCACCACCUGUCUGCUGUUGUACGCAAAAGUCGAGGAAACAAGAAGCGACAGACCUUCCGAGAUGGCUGGCACAGCGAUCGCUUUUCUCAAGAGCUAUCCGCUCUCCAACUUCCCUGCGCCUGAAGCAAUCAUCACAGUGAAGGAAACAGACACCAUUGCAUCUGCCCUCAAGACGCUCUCUGCCAACGACAUCCUGUGCGCCCCCGUGCUCUCGGACGAUGGAAGCUGUGUCGGCUUGAUCGACAUGUCCGCGAUCCUGCGGACAAUCCUUCACCCUCUGGCGAACGUCAAGGACAAGCGCACUGUUCUGGAGGACCUGGUCGCCCUGGACGCCAUUGUGCAAAAGCCAAUCAAAUCCCAGCCAAGCCUGUAUCUGCAGGAGGACAUGGAGCUUGUGUCGCACAAGGGCUCACUGCUGGAUGCAUGCAAGCUGCUGGGCACGAUGAACGUGCAUCGCGUGAUUGUGGUGGAUGACGACAACAACAUUGUCAACCUCAUCACCCAGAGCGCCGUCGUGCGCGUGCUGGCAGAUAACCUGCCCAAGCUGCAGCCCGUCAUCAACAAGUCCCUGCGCGAGAUUCGCCUGGCCACCCCUUCCACCAUCGUCUCUUGCCCAGCUACAUGCACCACCAUCGAUGCGUUUGAGCACAUGUCAAAGCACGAGGUGUCUGCGAUGCCUGUGCUUGACGAUGAGAACCGGAUCUUGGGCAAUGUGAGUGUGCGCAGUCUCCGCGACCUCAUCAGCAACCCUGCCUCUUACCGCACCCUCAAGCGGCCCGUCACCGAAUUCCUCACCACCGUUGUCCCAGAUACAAUGCGUGACGAGAUGGUGCCUGCCAUCACGUGCAAGACCAGCACCACCAUGGACAUUGUGGUGCAGCGCAUGUCCAUCUCACGCAUCCACCGCAUCUACGUGGAGGACGAGCAAGGCAACCUCCUGCGCAUUGUGUCCCUCAGCGACGUCCUCGCCGCCCUCGUCACCCCAGACGCCUCGUGAAGGAAAGGAAGGGAAGGGUGACGACCACAAUUUUUGGUGUCUUUUUUGCAUCGUUGCUUCUUUUUCUUUUUCUUUCGUCGGUUUGGAUUUGAUGUGAUGUGACAUGAUGUGACGUUUAUUUUUGUCAUUGCGGAAAUAAACUGGAAGAUGUUGACGA